GGCGCCGAGUCGGCCGCGGGGCGGAGGUACCGGCUCCCGGCUCGGACUCUGGGCUCUGGGCUCGGCGGCGAGGGCCCCGCAGGUAGCGAAGCCCGGCGGGCGGGCGGGCGGCGGCGCCCAGCGCCCCUCGCCAGGCCCGCCAUGCAGGGUCCUGCCGGGAACUCGAGCCAUUCACUGCCGGGUGUGCCGCCUUCCACCGUAGCGUCCGGCGCGGGCCGCUGCGAGAGCGGUGCGCUCAUGCACAGUUUCGGCAUCUUCCUGCAGGGGCUGCUCGGCGUCGUGGCCUUCAGCACGUUGAUGCUCAAACGCUUCAGAGAACCAAAGCAUGAAAGACGUCCUUGGAGGAUAUGGUUUUUAGACACUUCCAAACAAGCCAUAGGAAUGCUGUUCAUCCACUUUGCAAAUGUAUACCUAGCAGAUCUCACUGAAGAGGACCCUUGCUCACUGUACCUCAUCAACUUCCUCCUGGACGCCACCGUGGGCAUGCUGCUCAUCUACAUGGGCGUGCGCGCCGUCAGCGUCUUGGUGGAAUGGCAGCAGUGGGAGUCCCUGCGUUUUGGCGAAUAUGGAGACCCUCUGCAGUGCGGAGCCUGGGUUGGACAGUGUGCCCUUUACAUCGUGAUCAUGAUUUUUGAAAAAUCUGUCGUCUUCAUUGUCCUCCUCAUACUUCAGUGGAAGAAGGUGGCCCUGUUGAAUCCCAUUGAAAACCCAGACCUGAAGCUGGCCAUCGUCAUGCUGAUCGUCCCCUUCUUUGUCAAUGCUCUGAUGUUUUGGGUAGUGGACAAUUUCCUCAUGAGAAAGGGAAGGACGAAAGCUAAACUAGAAGAAAGGGGAGCCAACCAGGACUCGAGGAAUGGCAGCAAGGUCCGCUACCGAAGGGCCGCGUCCCACGAGGAGUCGGAGUCUGAGAUCCUGAUCUCGGCCGAUGAUGAGAUGGAGGAGUCCGAUGUGGAGGAGGACCUCCGGAGACUGACCCCCCUGAAGCCCGCGAAGAAAAAGAAGCACCGCUUCGGGCUGCCUGUAUGACGCAUCCUCGAGCUGGGGUCAGGUCGGGGCCCGGCCAGCCACUGGUUGGCCGAGGGUCGCUCUGCUGCGUCUUCCCUUCCCUCCUCUCUCUGCCCCUCUUCUACCUCCACUCCUCCCACGGUCUCUGCCCACUCCUAGACUACUGUGACCCGAGGGAGGGAGGCCGCUGGCCCGGCGUGGCAGCUGGAGGUCCCCACUCAGUUGCACUACAAACACUGACCAAAUAUGCAAGCGAGGCGUUUUGUUUGUGUGUUGUCGUCCCAAGCGGUGUUGUGAGGGACCCAGAAGCCCUGUCCUGCGUCUGGCCGGGUGGCCUCGAGGAUGAGAACUCACGUGCACACAGACCGUGGGUGGAGCCUUUCGCCAAGGCUCAGGGGAAUGUGAAGACGUAACACGUUUGGGGGCUAAAAGUUACACAUUGACCAGGUUGGAACCGCAACGCUUUCUUACUCGAAAUGGCUUUUGUAACUAUUGAUUUCUAUAGCUGGUUUUAUGAGCUGUCACAGUGUUAAUGUUUUUUGAGUAUAUGUUUAUUUCCUAUGGGACUCAUGGGCAAAACAUAGAUUUUUAAGUCUUCCGUAUGCUGUUAACUUUUAUAUUUUUAAGUUAUAUUUUCAUACUAUUGUAUUUAAAAACUCUUUUUAAUCCCCAAA